UCCUGCUGGUGCUAACCAGCGGAGGCAGCGACUGGCCCAGGACUUCCUGGUGUGGAUGGAUCAGACCGGUGAACUCCUGUCAUUAGCAGAACGUCAGGAAAUAGACCCCAUCAAACAGGAGAGGAUGGAGCGUUUGGAGCGUCAGACUCGGAAUAUGGACCCGGCUCAGUACGCUGAGUUCUGUGAGAGUCGACAGCUCAGCUUUGCUAAGAAAGCUUCAAAGUUUCGGGACUGGCUCGACUGCAGCAGCCUGGAGCUGAAACCCAACAGCAUGGCCAUGGAGAUCCUGUCAUACCUCGCUUAUGAGACUGUUGCCCAGAUCGUGGAUUUGUCGCUCUUGGUGAAGCAGGAAAUGACAGCAAAGACGAAUCCAGUCAGUCAUGUGAUCUCUGCCAGCUACAUCCACUACAACACACAUGCUGAGCAGGUGAAGAAGGAUCCAGACUCACCUGAAGCCACCCCUCCCUCCACCCCAGGGUCCUCACACUCGUCAAAGCCCGUCCUACAAGGUAACGGCAGUGUGGAUGGCAGGGCGAGGCAGAGGAAACGUAAAAAGAGCUGUCCGGCUACAGUGGAGCCUCCCAGCGGAGCGAUCCAGCCCUGUCACAUCCGAGAGGCUAUUAGAAGAUACAACUACAGACACACAGUAUGUACACAAUGAGAAACUUACACAACUUUUCCACAGCUGAUUAUUUU